UUGUUCGAAGUCUUCGAACCCUUGAAUUCAAGCAUUCUAAUAUAGAAAAUAUCUCUGAAUUCUAGUGCUGGGCGUUUCCUCAUAACAGGGCAGUGGGUUUGUAUGGCAUAUCUGACGUAGUUAUGGAAUGGUUGAAGGCGAAUAUCAUCCGACCACAAAAUGUGGGCAUUCCUAACAUGAAUAUCAUCAAAGUAGAGCAUUCUUUGUAAAGUGAUCAACAUGAGCACUAGUGGAUACUCAACAGGCUCCUUCUCUACAGGAUCCUUCUCAUUGGAUUCUGAUCAUGGAUUCAGACUAUCUCCUCGCAGGAGUAAGAAUCCCAGUGGAAAGAAGAGAGAGAAACUCAAAGUGCUGUUUGACUCUGGGACGGAAAGCUCUGAAGAGGGAAGUCUGGGACUAAAGUACGGUGGUGAGAGGUUUCAGUUACCUGAUCCUGUUCCCUCUGAUCCUGUUACCUCUGAUCCUGUCACCUCUGUUCCUGAAAGCUCUACUCCCGAUAGUUCGAUUCCCGAGGGUUUUGAUCCAUCCAUAGAGGGACCCAAUGAGAUCUAUGAUAUAGCUGAUCAUGGAUCUGUCAAACGGAAUUUCAAUGACUUGUAUGGUGGUAUCAGACGUUCUUCAUAUGACUCUAUCAUUUCUGAUUCGGGGAAUCAACAAGAGCCGCGUCGGGGAUCGUACCCUCGUAUCUUCAUCUCACAUAGAGACAUACCAGAACCAGACUACGAUGAUCUGCCACGAGACAUACCAGAACAAGACUAUGAUGAUCUACCACGGAAUUACAUACCAGAACGAGAUUAUGAUGAUCUGUCACAGGACAUUCGUGUAACCCAGAGUCAUUUACAUCAUGCUACCAUCAGUUCAGUGGUGUCCAAACCGAUUGACACAAUUGUAGCUAAAAAAUCUGAGGCUAGAUCAUUGCCUAUCCAAGCCUUCUUGAAUGGACACUUAUUCCUGGAUGUAUCUAGACUACCCCAUGUCAGAAAUAAACGUGGAAAAGAGAAGAAUCGUAUCGAUCUGAAUCAGAUUAAAGUCGUAGAACCUGUUGCUGAUGGUGCUUUCGAAAAUAGACAAAAUGGCAUUCAGGUGACAUACAGUGAGCAGCAUACCGACGUCACUCUCUACUUCUUCCCAUCGUCUAAAGAAGAACAAUAUAAUUGGCUGUGUGAUCUAAGAUCAUUGGUUCAAGCCAAUUCAAACCUGAGUGAUAGAUACCAUUAUGGUAUCUGGACCACCAAGUGGACAUGUUGCCAGAAGGAUUACAAGGGCGCCCCUGGUUGUCAGAACACAUUUAGGCAACAGCCUCAGCCUCAGCAUCAACACACUGACAAUGGUAUACGCCCCCCUGUACCUCCAACUCCAGUGCCCACUCCAAACCCUACACCUCGUCCUCCUAAACCACCAAUCCCCAACCCACCAGUUACAGACAGACCUAAGAUGAUAGUAAUAGCCAAGUAUGACUAUGAUCCCUUGGAGACGAUCGAUAUCCCAUUAAAGAGAGGCAAGGAAUACUCAGUACUGAAUAACUCAAGAGACUACUGGUGGAAAGUCAGGGACAGGCAUGGACGUGAAGGUUUUAUACCUAGCAACUAUGUAGAAGAAAAGAGUAAAUAUUCAACAGGCCUAGAAAGAUAUGACUGGUUUAAUGGAACAUGGUCAAGACAAAGAACAGAACUGGAGCUGAAACAGGAAAGCAAAGAAGGCUGCUUUACUGUAAGGAAUUCACGCACACCAGGGCUAUGUACACUCUCAGUAUUAGCCAAAGAAAAAGGACCGAGUGGAGAAGAUGUUGUAAGACACUACCAUAUCAAACAGAACUCGAUUAAGGAGUUUUACGUCGCUGAGAAACAUUGUUUCAGGGAUAUGGGUAAACUGGUCGAGUAUCACCAACACAACGCAGGAGGUUUAAUAACAAGGUUACGCAAUCCACCUGGGUUUACAUUACCAACCACAGCAGGCCUGGGAUCAACUAAAUGGGAGAUCAACAGGUCAGAGCUGAAGAUCCUACAGGAGUUAGGAAGAGGUCAGUUUGGUAUUGUCCAUUUGGCUAAACUGACCCAUAAUAACCGGUUUGUAGCGGUGAAGAGAAUGCAGGAAGGAUCUAUGUCAGAAGAAGACUUCAUUGAUGAGGCUAAAGUCAUGAAGGAGUUACAACAUGAAAACCUUGUGCAGCUGUAUGGUGUGACGUCAGCGCAAAGACCAAUGUGUAUCGUCACAGAAUACAUGUCAAAAGGUUGCCUGUUGUCGUACCUGAGAACACACAAGUUCAUGUUACUAGAGAACACAGCAAUACUGAUCUACAUGACACAGCAGGUGUGCUUUGGUAUGGCCUAUCUAGAAUCCAAAGGCUUCAUUCACAGAGACUUGGCGGCCAGGAAUUGUCUUGUUGGUGACAAGCAUAUUGUCAAAGUAGCUGAUUUUGGUCUUACAAGGUAUGUAAUGGAUGAUGAGUAUACCAGCUCAGGGACUAAGUUCCCCAUCAAGUGGGCUCCACCUGAAGUACUUCAUUACACAAGAUUCAGCAGCAAGUCGGAUGUAUGGGCUUUUGGUAUCUUGAUGUGGGAGGUGUUCUCUGGUGGUCUAGCUCCAUACCCUGCUAUGAGCAACGUAGAGGUCGUGGAUCAGGUCACAAGGCAUAACUAUCGUAUGGAACGUCCUGAUCAUUGCCCUUAUCAGAUGUACCGUAUCAUGAAGGAUUGCUGGAGAGAGAAAACAGACGAUAGACCAUCAUUUUCUACAUUAAUUGGAAAACUAGACCAGCUAUCAGACAAGACAGAGUUCCAUCAUUCGUGACAUCCGCUUCGUAACUGAAACGUUGAUGUGUGUGCUAAGGUUUACAACUCAAAUGGUCCUAGUCUCCAGUGCCCAGUCACUUCGUUGUGAUGGGAUUGUGUCCUAGUCUCCAGUGCCCAGUCACUUCAUCAAGAUGGGAAUGUCAUUAGUCUCCAGUGCCCAGUCGCUUCUUUGAUGUGGGAAUGUGAUUUGUCUCCAGUGCCCAGUCACUUUAUUGCGAUGGAAAUGUGAUUAGUCUUGAGUGCCCAGUCACUUCAUUCAGAUGGGAAUGUGAUGUUGCCUGCAACGCCCUAUUACAUCACCAAGAAAAUACUCUCCAAUUCUACUUGAGAGAAUGUAUGCAUGUUGAAUUUUGAGCAAAAAUGAAAAAGAGAGAACUGUAAAAGAACCGUUUGUAGCCACCAAUGAUCAGAGGCUAAUACAAGGAUUCUAAGGGACUGUGUGAUGAGCUUGCAUUGGGACUUAAACUGAGAUUGUUUUACUCUAUAAAGAAGGGCUGCCUCCUUAGAGUGAAAAUGAGCUGUCAAAAACCAGCAUUUGUGAUUCCAGAGAAUGUGUCACGUCAAUCCUAGUCUACAAACACAGUCUCUGUUCUACAAACUUCACUGUGUCCUAGAUUAAUCCUAAACAGGUUGAGAUGGUACCAAAUGGUCAGGGAUGAUUCUAGUAGGAGACCUUCAUACAAGGCAUGUACAUGUGAGAAUUGGUCUGCAGAGCCAAUAGCCUCAGAGCCAAUAUAAGUGUAAAAGGUUUAUGACUGCAUUCCUCACUACUACAUGCAUCAACGUGUAGCUAUCUUUUCUCUCAUUCGAUAACCCAUUCACAUACAUGACAAGUGCAGAUUAUUCACAAAGACUAAGAUGGACUUAAGUUGGACUUGAAUUAAGGCAGGCCAUUCAGGCCACUGGUUGCUCUCACCAUUGGUCUCUCAAGGGACGUCACAAAUCUACAGAAUUGAACAAUUUUUAUAGUUUAUUGUUGAAGAAAAAAACAUUGUAAACUAUUAUACUCCGUAGGCAAAUUAUGCCCUUAAAAAUUUGAACCAGAUGUAAAAAAUGAGGAAAAAACCCUUGGAACUUAUGCUCUUUAGAUAACAUUGUUCCUAAAUCAUGAACUAUCAAAAAAUAUAAAUUUUAUAGAUUUGUGACCACUAUCUGUACUUCCCUUGAGAGACGGAUGCCACGAAUGAUGAGAGCAACCAGUAGCAUGAACGGCCUGCCAUAGUUCUAGUCUGAUGUAAGUCAAUCUUAGUGUUUGUGAAACACUCCCCAGGUCAGAUUAUUCCAACAACCCACCAAUACAAUCCAAUAGAACAGAGUUAUUCAAACACUUUGUGAAGAAAAUGCUUCUAAAAAAUUAGAAUUGUGGAAUUAAUGCUUUCCUUAACUUUCAGUAAUGUUGAUACUAGCCAAUCAUGUCAACUCAAAGUUAGACUGGCUCCUUCAAUGCAAAUAUGGCCAAGGUAUUAUUAUAAUGUUCAUCAUGUUUCAUGGUUGUUCAUUACUUUGGAUUUAUUUUUUUACCAUUACACAAUUCUCAUUAUUGUAAGUAACUUUAUGUUUUCAUUAAAAAUUUGUUUUGUACCUGUACUCGUCAUUACUCACGUUUUAUACACUAUGUAGAUACUUUUUCUAUUGUAUGUAAAAUACUAUCACAGUUUUGAGAAGUCUUCUAAUAAAAAUUAAACACAUUCCUUCUAAAAUGCCCAUUCAAGGUAAGGAGCAUCCAAUUCAACUUGACAAUAAAGUAAAUACAAGAAGAGAUUAACAUUUCUUGUGUACAUUGUGGCUGUAGAAUGUUUGCAUUCAUGUAAGCAAAGCACAAACUUUUGAUACAACUUAUGCGCAGUUGCCAAUUCAUUCUUAAAUCUUUAUUCAUUAAUAAAUCUUCUUCUCUUAUUAUCUUGUUGAGAACCUUUAGGGACAUAAUUCUAGGGGAAUGUAUUAGUAUCAUCAUGCAGAUUUUUCUUUGAUGGAGUUAGUAUGAUUUAUUUCUGUAUUUGUCUCCAGAGAUUAGGGGGGGGGGUGCUAACCUUCUUGUUUUUUGACAGUUACAUAUUUUUUCUUCAGCCAAAGGAGCUUUGAAAUCAAGGGAAAUAUUGCCAAAAUUAGUCUUAAACCCUGUUCUAUUUCAACAGAAGUUCUAUAAGCUAUUCCUUCAUUUUUUCAUAGAGUCUCAAGAAAAGUGAGCUUGUGUAUAUCCUGUUGUAUAAUGAAAGGCAAAGAGACUUUUAAGAAGCAUCAUAACAAUCUCAUUAUUAUUUAUUCAGAGAGGCAUUCCAAAAGAUACUUUUCAAUUCCUUACUACAUGUUCUUUCAAAGAGUGAGUUUAAUUGAGUAAAAUGUAGUGUGAAAGGUCUUCAAACAAUCUUUGCUCUGAGUAUUGAAGGUUCAUUUCUUUCUUCCUAUUUUGACAAUUUGUGUUAUGAAAUGCCUUAAAUGUCGCUAAUUAAGAAACCUUUUGUAUAGAUAAUUAGAAAUCACUACAUUGUUUUGCAUACACAAGAUACUAUGCAAUAGAUGCCAUUGUGUUAAUAUAUACUUCAUAUUAAUUGCUCAAUAUACUAUCAUUAUCUGUGUAUAUUUUAGUGAAUGGCACUUAUUCCUUUGGGAAUGAAGAACUUUACUGAUGUACUUCCAAGACAUUUUUACAUUUUUCUGGGUUUUUAAAAAUCAAUUCUUUGACAUGUUUUAUAAUUUUUAUACAUUUGAAAUAUUUGGAUAUCAAUUUUUACAGAAGCAAUAUAUUUUUUUAAAGAGUGUGUUAUACAUUUUCUACGGCUGCAGUUUGCAUGUUUUGCAUAUUAUUUUUGCACAAUCAGGUCUUUGGAAAUUUUGGUAGCAGUCAUUUUUUAGAUUUGUAUUAUAAUCAGACGUUACUAAUGAACUUGGAUAUAUUUCUAAAAUACUGUUUAGCAUAUUUUGUGCCAUUACACAAAAUAUUGUGAAUGAAAAGAAACUACACAUAAUUGUGGAUAUAUCUCUAUAAGAUGAACAUUAUUACAGAUUUCAGGCAGACAUGUUUUGUGGCUUUGAAAAUGCAUUGAGUAAAAAGAAAGAAAUACAAAGUCAUUCCCUUUUAAAAAGAAAUAAAUACAAAGUAAUUUCCUUUUAACACACAGUUUCUGGGGUUUUAUUUUUCAACAAUUUUAAUAUAUUCAGACACUCUCUUCCUGGAAAUACUAAAGGGAACUUGUAAGUGUGUGAUGUGUCCAAGAUUUAAGCUUUGUUUAAUUCCAUUCCAUUUCAUACUUAUUAUUAACAGCACAGAAAUCAUUUAUGUUAGUCACUCCUUCCCUACUUGAAGUGCAAAGCCACUUUGCAGCAAACUAAAAUUCAAGUGUGUAUUCUUUUCUGGAUCAUCAUUCCAUGAAUUGGUUAUGUACACACAAAGUAUAUCUUCAUGAGAAUCUUUCCUUUUGAUAAUAUAACAAUAUUUUUUUUACUGCCUUAUUACUGUUUACAAUUGGAUUUGCUGUAUAUAUUCCAUUAAACUAGGUGCCUCCAUUAUUACAAUUUUGCAAUUUUUGUAAAUUUGUUGUAACAUGUACUUUGUUUUAUAAGGAAUCAAUUAUCAGCAGUGUUUUUUUAUAGUUUAUUUUUAGCAAUAAUAUGAUUACAAAGUUCACAUCAACUCAAAAUGUAUCAUGAAUUGCUUUCAAUGAAAGCAUUUAAUUUGGGCCUUUUUUAUAAAGAGGUUGGGAUUCUCAAGAAGCCAUUCUGAGUCUUCCAUGAAUCACACGUCUACUGUAAAACAAGUUUCAUAAGUGGUCGAGAACAAAUUUGGCUGUUAUUACAGUUUUAUUUCAAAAAAGUUUCUAGUUCUAUAGUAUGCUUGCCCCUGAUAUUCUAUUAGCUGCAAUUAAUAUCAAAUUCAAGGAGAGCUUAAUAUUGAGCUCACAUUUUAUGAGAUGGGGGGUCUAGUUGCUGUUGUAUGUAUGUAUGUAUGAUUGUGAAAGUAGUUAAUAUUGAGCUUACAUAUUAUGAGAUGGGGGUCUAGUUGCUGUUGAGCUAUGUAUGAUCGUUAAAGUAGUUAAAAUGGAGAUGCCGUUUUCCUACUUUGUAAAUCUGAGAAUAAUUUCCAUGAUUGCAAACACUUUGAACAACUUGGGGUCAAUUUUAAUACCCUUUGGCAUUACUUAUGGAAUCAUGUUAUGAUUAUAUAUUACUGAUCGUUAUAAUGUUUUGUUAUAUUUAUGACUGAUUGGUUCAGCUAUUGAUAUUGCCCUUGUAUCAAUAUCUUAAAAACCAUUUCAGAUUGUUACUUCAAUCCUGCCAAUAUGUAUAGUUUGUAAUACUCAAGUGAUAUGUGACAUUGCAAUCUUUGUAUCAGACUUACAUACCAUUGGUUUGUUUGAAGUCUGUAUUUCAAAUUGUGGCUGAUGGAAUAUCAUUCAUAUCAAAGUCGCAUGUCAUAUAAGAACAUCUGUGGUGGAGUGUAUCAUGAAAUAGAAUUGAUAUUGAUAUUUGUGAUGUAAAUUGAUCAAUAUGUAUAUUAUGCUAAAUGAAACUCCUUUGUGUACUCAUUGUAUGUAUAGUCUGAUCAAUCAUGUUUCUAUGUUUAUACGACUACAUACAAUCACUUUAUAUUUGUAAAUAUGAUCUCAUAUAAAUAUAUCUAUAUAUAAUAUGCAUCAGUUUUUGUAAGUUUUAGUGGUGGCAUGUAUUAUGAUGAAGCAUUUAUGCUUUAACAAGCAUGAAGUCAUCAGAGAAUAAAUGUUUCGUGGUGCGAGGUGGAAAAUUUUAAA